GCCCCGCCGCCGGCAGCGCCCGCGGGCCCGCCCGGGGCCGGGGCUGCUGCUGCUGCUCGUCCGGCUGGCACUGCCCGGGGCGGCCGCGGGCAGCGGGGAGGCGCCGCCAGCAGGUAAAAACUGCAGCUUAUUACAGGAAAUGGAUGUCAUCCAGAAGCAGGAUGAAAACUGUUACUGCUAUGUGCAAAACAGAACCAUUCACUUACAAUACCUGUGGUCAACUAUCCAGAUAAAAAUUAACAGCAGAGAAAGGUUCCGGUUUGAGCCUAUUUCAGAAGAAAACAACUGUCGGAAUUCAGAAACUGUUUUUGAGUUUGUUGCAUGUGCUGUUCAAAUCCUCUGGAAGCCAGAGACAAGUACAGAAACUUUUCUGAGCAUAAAACAAUAUGGAGAGGACGUUUGUUUCAAAAUACAGCCCUUCAAAAUUGAACCAUACGUUGUGCGGGUGAAAAGAGAAAUGCUAGAUGGAAAACUCUUGUUUUUGUUUGUAGCUGGAAUUUUUCUGUUCCAUUUUGCAAACAGCCUGAGCAGGAGUGCCAAGUUCUUUUACCUUUCUGGAGUAAUACUGGGUAUUCUUGCCCUGCUAGUCUUUGUCCUGUUGACACUUAAAAGGUUUAUUCCACGGCACAGUACCUUCUGGAUUUUAAUGAGUGGUUCCUGGAUGGUCUCUCUCUAUUUUAUUUACUGCUUCAAAGAGAAUAUACAGUGGUUGUGGUCUGAACACAAAAUCUACCUGUUGGGGUAUUUUCUGGUUGUUGGGAUUACCAGCUUUGCCAUUAGCUAUCAGCAUGGGCCGCUGACCACGGAGCUCAGCAUAACCUUGUUCACGUGGACGCUCCAAUUAACAGCCUUUGUCCUGAUCUACUUUGGAGUCACCAUCCCUCAAGUUGCAUAUGCGGUCAUAGCAGUCAGCCUCUGCUCCAAAGGCCUCUGUUACCCCCUGGGUGCUGCCUGUCACAUUGCCAGAAAAAUGAAGCAUCACUUGAAAUCAAAAAAAUUGGUGUUUAAAUACCUUACUGAAGAGGAGUAUCGAGAACAAGGUGAAAGUGAAACGAUCAGAGCUCUGGAGGAGCUGCGCUCGUUCUGCAGGAGCCCUGACUUCCCAUCAUGGAUAGCUGUAUCCAAACUCCAGGCUCCACACAGGUUUGCAGCUUUUGUUCUGGGAUCUCCCCACGUCUCAGCUGCAGAAACAAAGGCGCAUGAUGAGCAGUAUGGCAUUGGGAGCUUCUUCCUGGAAGAGCAGCUCUUUGAGACAAGGGCACAGUUUGAGCAAGAUGAGCCAGCUAAUUCUGUCCAUGAAGAAGAUGAGGAAAAUGAAAAUGAAAUGCAUACACAAAUUCCAUUUCCAUAUGCUACUGAGCUGCUCUGAGCUUUGAAAAAUAACAACAGCAACAAAGAGACAGAAAACACACUUCUUCUAGAAAGGGAGGAUACAGAAUGAGAACUCACACUUGGCCUUUUCUUGUGGUUGCUGGUGGACAAAGCAGGAUUUUUGAAAAAAACUCUUUCCUGUAUCACCAAUGUUACCUGACUACCGUAGGGGCUGUUCAAGUGAAGAGGAAUCUCAUGCUAUGGGUAUUUUCACUAGGGAAACAAACAUUGUGUAUUUCCAAGGCAAGUACUGGAGACAGCCUGUCCACCAGGAUGCCUUCUUUUACCAAGAACGCUACCUCUAGUAAACAGAGAAUCUGUUUUUUUCCAUCAUCAAGUCCUCUGUGCUGAGCACUAGAGGGAGGAAAAACCAUUUUUAAUACUCUUCCUUUUACUAAGUACCCUCUAUGUCAAGACUUCUGAUAAUGCUUUUAGAGUGUCGAUAAACUGCGUUCGUUGUUUGUGAGACUUUUAUAGAGAGUUAAUGCAGCUGAACGAGGUUUGUUUCCCCUUCUGGCUGGGCUGGUCAGUUAGCUUCGUCCUGCCUCUGCCUCUGUUUUAAGUUCCCCUUGCUCCUCAGAAUGCUGCCUGAUUGUUCACCCUAUGCCCAUAUUAUUCCAUUCUUGACCUCUGCUGUAGUUACACUGCAUUUUGUUCUUUCCAAGUCUUCGUUUAUUUACAUAAUUUCUUCCCUCUUGUACAGAUCUUCUGCUAACCUUUCUCUAGCCCUCUGCUUCUCCACCUGUGACAAUGGUUUAGGAGAGGUUUUCCAUCCCUAAACAUUUUUGCUAUUGCCUUCAGUUUCAGUGUCAACUUACCUCAGGCAGGUGCUGCUGUCCAUUCCAGGCCUCUGCAGAGCUCCAAAAGGCCACAAAGGCUGAAGCUGUUUCAGCUGCUUGGAGAAACUGCUAUUAGCAGAGCCAGAGUGCUGCUGUGAGCCUGGAACUGGGAAUGCACAUAACCCACACAGAGCUCCACUGGCCUCAGAGUACUCAGUAGUUUGUUCACUGAGUAAGAAGCAGAAAAUCAUUCCUGCAAAACAACGAGGGUAAAACCUGGCUUUUACCUUCUCCUUCUCAGCCAUCUGGGGGACUUCUCACAGGAGAAGUGGGGAGACCCAGAGAGAAAUUUAGGCAGUCAUGUGUCUUUCAGUUUAUGUAUUACACAGUCCUGGGCUAGGGAGCAGUAUGUACCCCAGUUCACCCAUCUGCAGAUGUCAUUUCUUUUGUUCUUUAGACUCUCCCUCCCUGUAUUCUUCUGUUCUCACUUUGCUGUUUUCCUUUACUGUAUUACAAACUGCAGAAGACAAAAGACUGUUAAUUCACCAUCUGAUCUCACAAAGCCACUGGGAACUGUGAGCAAUGGGGAGCAGUUGGUGCUCAAGAAAGGCAUGUCAGACUGGGAUCUAUCUGCUUUAAAAGGGCUGUCUGUUCCUUGUAACAUGCCUAGUGGUGCAGCAUGACUUCAGCAGUGCAGGUGCUGUCCUGGGUUCUCCUUGUCCAUCGGUGCAGCAGACAAAACCUGUUACCUCCAAUGGUGCUAAGAAGUGUGGCCAUACCAUAAUCCAAGAGCUCCUCUGUGUAACAAAGGACUCAGAGUUGGUGCUUGAAAGCCUUACUGAUGUGGUCUUUUCUCCCUUAUAUUGCUUCAGUUUAAAAGAAACACUUCAAUUUUACAGUGAAGAGACACUUAACACCCUUUAGUGCCAUAAAAUUUUAAGUACCUAUACAGAAUCUAAAGCAUGUUUAGCAGAGAAAAGCCACAUCAAGCAGGUGAUCCAAAAUGCACUCGCUGUUAAGUCAAGAGCAUCCAAAAACAGAGCAAGGGUUCUGUUUAGGAAGGCUACUAGCAGCAAGACUCACCUUUGGCUGGUGCUACCAAAUCCACAGCUAAAUUGCCACCCACACUCAGGAAGUCAGGUUUGGCUUGGGGGGCUCUGGCACUAGCAACAAGCAGUUGUGAAAACAGAGGAAGGCCUCAUUAUCUUGGCUGGUUUGGGAGAAGGGUGAAAACUCCCCCCUGAAAUGACCAUAAACCAAAUCAGAUUUAUUUUAUCUUUGUGUCACCAUCAUGAAAAUGGAGUACUUAAAAUCAUUACAGAUUAGGCAAAGGAUACUCAAAAAGAUGUCUUAAUGUUUUUUGCUGGUUUUGAAGUACAGAGGUUUUUUUCAGUGUAUUUCAUAGUUAGCCAAGAGCUCCAUCCAAGAAAUUUGAGGCCAAGGAAGAGAAUCAGAUUUGUCUGAGCUUAAACAAACAGGUUUUUGAAUGUCCUCUCUUUAGUGAGGUAGAGAUGAUUACCCUUCCAUAAUAUGGGGGCAUGUAAAUACAUAACAUGUAUUUACAUAAGCCCCCCCCGUUAGUUUUGGUAAUUACAUGUUUUAGAAGAAUACCAGGUACACCUACUUCAACGAGGAAAAAAGUUAAAAAGCAAUAAAAAUUAAAUAAGAAUCAACUCACGCUGUAUGUAGUUGUGAGAUCCAUUGUUUGGCAGGGAUGGGUAAAUACUAUCCAAAAUAGAGCAGGAGACUAUUAAAUACUUGCAAAACAGAAUGGCAGCAACAGGAGAAAGAUGAUGGCUACCUUAGUGGGUAGCUAAUAGUCACCUUAAAAAUCCUCCCAAGCCUGUUCCAACACUGAAAGGGUUUCAUAAACAAAACCCACCAAAAGCAGCUGCUGUCACUAGAGCCCUGUUCACUUGCACAGUGCUCCUGUGAUAUGUGGAGAUGACACAGCCUUACUGAAACACAAUUGUUGAGUACUGUUGUUUUGGUUUUCAGCUAGAAAAUCUAGGAACAGAAUCUAGGCAUUAAUCCAUUGCCCUAACUCUUACAAAAGCCUUUCUCCCUUAACAAAGGAUGUUACAUUUUUCUCUGGUCUCUGCAGUGUUCACAGUGAUGCCCUGCACUCGUUCACACUGACCAGUUUACAACGCACAUGGGUUUGUGUCCCUUACAGUCCCUGACCCCACAGAAGGGAACUGGUGCCUACAGUCAGAUUUUAUUAUCAAAUACUAUUUUAACACAGUGCAAGAGUACUUCCCAAGCUCUUGGUUCAGCAUCCUCCAGUGACUUUAGUAAAAGGUCAUUAUCACUGAAUUAUUUUCACUUCAGGUUGGUUAUGUUCACUGCUGACACUAAUAUGAACAAAUAAAAUAAAAGUUCAUGUUGAUACUAUUAAAUAUGUUAUGGA